GGAAUAGUUAAACGUGUAGGACCGUAAACCCUGUACACUGUUGAAUAACCUGUCUUUGUUAUAUUAUGAUAUUUAGGUACAUCUUGUAUCUCAGGUAGGCAAUCUGGGACCAAGGGCUGCUCGAGAGAGAUAGCAGCGUACAAACCUCUCAACAUGCUUGUGCACCUUCUCUUCCGCAAGUCCUUCUGCUGGUCAGAGAACUUGGCAGCUUUAACGUCAAAGUGUCGCCUUUAUCACAAAACCUUUCAGAAUCAGGUGGCUUCAAGGUGUCAGCAUGGCUCUCCAAACCACACCCCUUCUCAGAAAACAGGCCUCCAGCACUCUGGAACCCAGGUUCGAGGAAUGAAGGCCCAUAGAAAUCCGUUUACCAAGGACCAGCAGGAAGAAUGGAGGAAAAGAAACAAGACCAUCCUGACUUACAUUGUAGCAGCUGGAGUGGGCAUGAUUGGCAUGUCUUAUGCUGCAGUUCCUCUCUACAGACUGUACUGCCAGGCUUCAGGUCUUGGAGGGACAGCAGUGGCAGGUCAUGAUACAGAACACGUUGCCACAAUGAAGCCUGUAAGAGAGAGGGUCAUCAAAGUCACUUUCAAUGCAGAUGUGCACGCCAGCUUGCAGUGGAACUUCCGCCCUCAACAAACAGAGAUCUAUCUUGUGCCUGGAGAAACUGCACUGGCAUUUUACAAAGCAAAAAAUCCCACGGACAAGCCAAUCAUUGGAAUUUCUACCUACAAUGUGGUCCCAUUUGAAGCUGGCCAGUACUUCAAUAAGAUCCAGUGCUUUUGCUUUGAGGAGCAGAGGUUAAAUCCCAAUGAGGAGGUGGACAUGCCUGUAUUUUUCUACAUUGACCCCGAAUUUGAUGAAGACCCCAGGAUGGCUCGAGUGAAAACAAUCACCCUCUCUUACACAUUCUUCGAAGCAAAGGAAGGACAAAAGUUGCCCCUUCCUGGCUACAGUCAAGGCUGAUACGGAAAUGCUAUAUAGAGGAACCUUCUGUAUGAAGACUUUUCCACUAACUCAAAGGCUGCUUACCAAAAUUGCAAGUGGGUUAAAUUGUUUUGUAAAAUAAUGGGUAAUGUAUUGAAAUAAACAUUUUAACAAAAUUAAAGGGAGGAUUGUAACA